AUGCUACUCGGAGACGGUGAAGUACAUGUCCAGGACGUCCAGGCCCACGGGCCGGGCCUUGACGGCCUUCAAGGCCCUCCCGAGAGCGUACUCGACGAUUACCCUAAUCUCCUUCUCGUCCACCGGCGCCAGAAGCGGCCGGAGCACCUGGGCCAGGGACUCUCUUGUCUGAUUCAGAUUCCGGCGGACGGAGAUCCUGAGAGACGGCCGGCGGCGGAGUUUGUAUCUGCAUAUGAAUCGGAAGUUGAUUUCGAGAUGGGGGAGCAUCGUGAUCCGCGGCGGAUAGCGGCUGCUGCUGAAUUCGGAUCUCACCAGCUUCGUGGAGUACCCGGCGGGUUCGGGUUUGGGUUCCCCAUUAUCCACCUAACCAUACUACAGACACCACAACCAAUUUCUUUCGAUUCCUUCAGCCCUUCCAGCCUCCAGGGCUCCCCGUUGGAGAAGAUCCACGAGGCGGUCGCCGUCGUCACCAAUUUGUUUCCUGACUAG